AUGCAGUUCAUGGGGUUCGGAGGUCAGAGGUUUUGGGUUCGGAGGUCAAGAGGUUUUGGGUUCGGAGGCUACCUCACCAAGCAACUCUCCAGACUACCCUCACCAAGCAACUCACCAGGCUACUCCACCAAGCAACUCACCAGGCUACACCAAGCAACUCACCAGACUACCUCACCAAGCAACUCACCAGACUACCUCACCAAGCAACUCCAGACUACCUCACCAAGCAACCUCCAGACUACCUCACCAAGCAACCAGACUCCCACCAAGCAACUCACCAGCACUCACCAAGCAACUCACCAGACUACUCCCACCAAGCAACUCACCAGACUACCUCACCAAGCAACUCUCACCACUACCUCACCAAGCAACUCUCCAGACUACCUCACCAAGCAACUCUCCAGACUACCUCACCAAGCAACUCACCAGACUACCUCACCAAGCAACUCACCAGGCUACCUCACCAAGCAACUCUCCAGACUACCUCACCAAGCAACUCUCCCGACACCUUCACCAAGCAACUCUCCCGACACCUUCACCAAGCAACUCUCCCGACACCUUCACCAAGCAACUCUCCCGACGCCUUCACCAAGCAACUCUCCCGACGCCUUCACCAAGCAACUCUCCCGACACCUUCACCAAGCAACUCUCCCGACACCUUCACCAAGCAACUCUCCAGGCACUUUCACCAAGCCGGCCCUGCCUAUUGUCUUCCUCGUUAAGCAACUCAAGUCUCGCAAUCACCGACUUACGGCGUCAUCCUUCACGUUUACGAAUCUGUGA